UUGAGGGCGAUUAAUUUUUUUAAUGAUUAGUGAUUCGGAGCAUCUGUGAGCACGCUGACUCGUGCAGAUUCACGAUGGUUACAGUUUUGCUCGUUCGCAGGUGAAAAGUAACGUGUACGCGUUUAUCCAACUCAUACGGAGAAUGACAGGGAAUUUGAACAGUUCCCUUUUGUGACCUAGAAUGGAGUAACUGCGUUGGUCUGCUUUAACUUGAGAAAAGUUUGCACGCGCUACGUAAGUUACUCAGAAACUAAAAUGUUUGAAGACUUAUAACCGGGUACAAUCCAAGACAUGCUGUCAAAGCAUGGAAACAGACGACGUGUCGGUUAGAGAACAACUUUUCCACGACCGAGUCCGAGAAACCAUUAUUUGCGUGUUGCUGUUCAUUUGCCUGUACAUGUUGUCUCACCUCAUUCUCACCCACUUUAAGAAGAAUGCCGAGUUUGUCAAUGAUGACAUUGAAGAUGCCACUGUCAAUAAAAUUGCGCUGUGGCUGUGCACGUUUACACUGUCGGUUGCCGUGUGUGCUGUCCUGCUCCUGCCCAUCUCCAUCCUAUCCAAUGAAGUCCUGCUCACAUUCCCACACAGUUAUUACAUGCAGUGGCUCAAUGGCUCGCUGAUCCGCGGCUUGUGGAACCUAGUCUUCUUAUUCUCAAACCUCUCGCUGGUCUUCCUCAUGCCUUUUGCAUACUUCUUUACUGAAGCAGAAGGGUUCGCCGGGUCUAAAAAGGGUGUAAUGUCACGGGUAUAUGAGACUGCAGUGAUGUUGCUACUCCUCAGUCUGCUGGUACUGGGCAUCUUGUGGGUGGCAUCAGCUCUUCUCCAUGAUAAUGCCGCUCGUGAGAGUCUGUACGACUUGUGGGAAUAUUAUCUUCCCUAUCUCUACUCUGGAAUCUCACUCUUUGGAGUUCUGCUACUGUUGUUGUGUACACCUUUUGGGCUUUCACGUAUGUUUAGUGUCACUGGAAGUUUAUUAGUCAAACCUCGGUUGCUGGAAAAUGUUGAGGAAACUAUGAACUGUGCCUUGUUUGAAGAAGCCUCCCUUUCCAGGAAGCUGAACAGAUUUAAAGAUUUUGACUGCCUUCUGCUGCAAAACUCUUUCAGUGCAUGCAAGCUUUUUUGGCAAAAACCUCUACUUUUAAAACAAAUCCACUUCUUUGGACAAGACAUGGUUAACUGCAAAAACACUAAAGAUGCAACUAGAAACAAUGCAAAUGAUGGAAGUCAAUGUUCAACAGGUCGCACCUCCUGUUGGGUUAAUGUUAGCGUUACAGCAGAGACGGUCAACAAGCAGUUUUUGAAUGUACGGGCAAAACGCAUUGCAUUAGAAUUGCGAGAGAGAGCAUCUCCAUGGCAACGAAACCUGGGAUACCCACUGGCUAUGCUGCUGCUUUUAGCAUUGACAGCCGUCUGUGUGCUGAUGGUGUGUUUCCAUGUGCUUGAGCUCCUCUUUGAUGAGUCUGCAAUGCCGAGAGGAAUGGAGGACCCUCGUCUGGGGCUCGCCUCUUUCUCCAUGUUUGGUUCUUUUGGAGCUGCGGUGCAGGUGGUUCUUAUACUGUAUCUCAUGGUCUCCUCGGUCGUGGGCUUUUACAGUUCUCCUCUCUUCACUAGUUUGUUGCCACAGGCACAGGACACGACCCUCACACAGAUUAUAGCAAAUUGUGUGUCUCUUCUGAUACUCAGUUCAGCUUUGCCCGUGUUCUCCCGCACACUGGGAAUCACAAGGUUUGAUCUGCUUGGAGACUUCGGAAGAUAUAACUGGCUUGGAAAUUUCCACAUUGUUUUCCUUUACAACAUACUGUUUGCUGGCCUAACCUCUGCCUGCCUCAUUAAAACGGUCACAUGGGCAUUGCAAAGAGAGCUCAUCCGUGCCUUGGGUCUCCAUAGACUGACCGUGUCCCGAUCCACUGUACCCCUUAAACUUCUCCUGGCUAGUGGGCUUUCAAAAAUUCACUGAAACUGUGCCACGAGUUGGUGGUGAAGACCUGUAAUUUUUGAAGAAGGUCCCUGUGGUCAGUCCAACCUGGUGUAUGGUCAUCGAAGCUAUUAUGGUACAAGCUGCCCAAAGGGACCACCUUACCGUACAUUUUAAAAAGGGAUCUUCUUUUCUGGCCUUUCAUUCGUCAGUACACUUGAAAAAAAUGCCUGCGUGAAAAAUGAACAAUUGUUUAUUAGGACUUAUGUCCAGACAGGAGAGCUAUUUCAGAGGAUGACAUCACGGUGCCGACCACGUUUCCUUUUCCUGCUGGUUGAAUAAGAGUGUUGAGUCCUGGUGGGCCUCCACACUUUCCCUUGUAUGUGACUAUUUUUAGUGUCAUUCAACCAGUCCAAUCCCGGUUGUGAUGUGGGUCAUUACUGGACUGCUGUAGCAAGACAUUGAUCCCGGCAGACGUCGUGUAAUGGGGUUUGUCAGCAUCUGAGGUGAAGAAACUGUUUGGGAGUAUUGGAGACGAUGCAUUCAGUUUAAGGGAAAUAGAAAAUGGUUUUAAAGCAUAUGUAAAGUUGUAUGCUGAUUUCAGGCUUAAGGCCCUGUUAACUGUGAAUGUGUUUUUUUUACAGUACGUGUUUUUUGUAAAGCUUUAAUGUGCAAUAUUAUGCUAUGAAAGUUGACACCAAAUCAAACUUAACCGCCUUCCAGAAAUUAGUUUUUUUGACCAAAUGUUUGUGUCGGUGGUGUCCGAUCUUACGAACACUUAAAUCAGACAAUAAGGUCAAAGUUUAGCUUUUUAGGUUGAGCUGCGUAGAGGGACCAUCCACACAAACUUACCCCUUUCCUGUUUCAUGGACACUUGUGGUGAUGUGACCGUGAUAAUGGGGUUUUCCAAUUUGAUAAUCACUCGUUGUUUUAUAUGCAGUAUUAUUUAUGGUGUACGCUGUAUCUGAUAGACACCGUCAUUUGAUAUAAUUCUGUUAUUUAUAUAUUUUUUAUUCUCUUAGCAUCAUUUUAAACGUUCUUCAGGUGGUGGCCAGUAGGGGGCAGUGUUUUAUAAAAGCAAAUAUCCACUACAGUAGCUCUCUAAACUUCAGCCUUUGAGAUCUUUAUCAACCUUUUUUUUUACUUUCACAUCAUAAUUCUGCAAAUUAGAGUUUGUCAUUUCCGUUGAGUGCAUUUUACAAUGAUGUAGACUUAUGAAGAUGAAACAUUUGCUUAAAUGUCUUGUUUUUUUACAGAAUGGAUUUUUAUUGAAUCCUUUGGGAAGAAUGAUAGUGGAAAAAAGAGAGAGAAGACAGAGAGAGAUUGUGUUAGAUGAUAUUGAUGGAUUUUCUGUCCUAUAUUAUUAAUGGUUAAGAAUAACUAAGAAAAUAUAGUGAGCAUUAGAAAAAAAAAAAACAUUAAGAAUAUACAUGCUGCUAUUUUAAUAGUUUGACUGUUAGUUUGGGCAAAUCCAAAUGAAUCAUUUGAAGAAAUAUGUCAAAUUUUCUACUCUUAAGAAAAGAACAAUAAACAUUUCCACCUGUUUUUCUAACCAAUGCUUCAGUUG